AUGGGACCACAUCGUUCAUCAGUCCUUUCAUUGUACAGAAAAAUGCUACGCGAAUCGCGUAAAUUCGAUUCAUAUAACUAUCGUGAAUAUGCUUUGCGUAGAAUUCGUGAAGCUUUUCGGCAAAAUAUGAACGAAACAAAUGAGCAGCAGAUUUAUACCCUUGUUGAAGAUGCAAAAAAUAAUUUACAAAUUAUUCAAAGACAAGUAUUAAUUGGUAGCCUAUAUCCAUCAAAAAAACUGGUCGUUGAAGAUCCUGAAUUAAAGUGCCAUAAGUUUAGUGAUAUUGAAGAUCAUAGGCAAAAACAACGAAAUAAUUAUGAAACGAUCAACAGGUAG